AUGUCAAUUGGCCUUAAAAAGGCUAUAGCCCUGUUUCUUUUGAAAAAACGAAUUUCGAGUUUCGAAGAAGACAGGCCUCCAAGAAAGCCACUCCGCCUAAAGAGUCCUAUUCCUAUCCGGUCUACAUUCACUAUUCUUCAUAGGCACUGCGCUGGGUCGGUAGGUUGUUGUUUUUACUUUUUUCUUCUUGCUUUAAUCGAUAGGACUUCCCGUAACCCGAAAAGGUUGGUUCUUCCCCUACAACCCCUACCCCUCCAAGGCAGUACUCUUCAUCGGCAAAUCCGAAUGUCUCGAUCCGAGUUGAGACCCACCUACAGAAAUUGA